CAUGGGUGGGGCGUGCCGAGGGAUGAGAAGGGCGGGUUUCGAUGGCUUCGGAAAGCAGCUGAGAUGGCGGUGCGCGAUUUGGAGGGUGAAUUGGGUGGCGAGGCGGCCGCGAUCGUCCGCGAGGUCCCCCUCUCUUCCAACGCGCACGUAUCCCCGGAGAAGUCGCAUACCCGUAGCACAACCCCUACCGAACACUCCCGACAUUCCCUCUUCAAGCGCCCCAAAUCCCCCUUCUCCCCCUCAAACGAGAAGCACUCGCAGGAGAAAUCCCCGUUCGACGCCAAAGACAAAUCCCCCUCCAAUCCCAAAGACAAAUCCCCCACGACCUCCCCCUCCAAGAAGCGCGGCCUCUUCCGCUCGCGCAGCCGCGGCCCACGUCCAGGAUCUCCCGCUUCCGCGCAGGGCAACGGCGCGACGAUCGCCGCCGCAGAAAAAGCGUCUGCGCACGCAGCGCGCGCGAGCGUGGGCAUGGACCGCAUCGCGAGCGGCGUGCAGGCGGAGUUGGUGCUGGCGAUCUAUGAGGUCGGCCAGUCCUUCUUCCACGGCUGGGGUGUGCCCAAGGAUAUGAAGAUGGGCGUCCAGUACUACACUGUUGCGGCGCGCCUUGGCGACGCGGAUGCGCAGGCGGAUCUGGGAUUCUGCCUGGCAGAGGGGAAGGGGUGUAAGAAGGAUCGGCGGGCGGCAGCGAGGUGGUACCGGGCGGCGGUCGCGCAGGGCGCGAGCGAUAUUGGACUCGCGUGGAUCUACAAGGACAAGUAUCAAUGAGAGCGGCUAGAAAAGAGGAGAAGAAGGACCGCUGCCGCAUCCAAAGACCUUGCCUAACGCAAGGCAACAAUCG